CCACGAAGUCUCAUUUCUUCGACGAAGCUUCACUUACAAGUUUUAACUGAUAACUUCAACCACAUUUCCACUACUUGUAUUUUCGAGUUCAGAAUUUCUCCCUCAGUAGAAAGUGCCUACCUCUGGCCCUGCCCAAACAAAACCAUCAUGACAAUCACAAACAGCAGCACAGCCUCCUCCUGGUUCCAGUGGGCCUCGGAACAGUGCUCCUUUUGGGAAGCGGUAUCGCGCGGCAAUAACCUCAGCAAUCCAAUCGGUCCCCUAGCGAUGCUGAAGGACGGCAGCGAAGUGACCGCGGGAAGUGAAUUGGUAUCUGUCGGAACAAUGCUCUCCUCGGCUGAGCUGGGGCUACUUACCGGAGUGCUGAUGACCCUAUUCCUGCGCCACAAGUUCAAUCGCCUGAAGGAAGAGCUGGUCGAAUGCAAAGUCCAGAAAAGAAUCAAAAACCUUACGAUGAUCGACGUGCGACAUUUCCUGUUUAUUUUAAUCACAUUUCUCGAGUUCGUGGCACUGUCUCCAAUUUUCUUCUCAAUUUUCUACGGUUUCAAGUGCUACCGAUUGGUGGUAGCAUGUGUUCUAAAGCGACGCCACGGGUCACAUUUCAAGGGGCUCCUGGACGGAGCGGAUGUCGUGUGGGCUAUCGAGCGGGAUAACUCACGUGGCAUGAUCAACAUUAUGGCGUACAUCGAAGAACCCGUUGCACGGCUCGCGACGAAGGAAAACUCAACGUGUGCCGAACUGCUGCUGGUGCUUCGGAAACGAAUCUCGUCGAGGCUAAUGAGAUCGCACCAGGCACACCCGAAAAUGUUCUGGAAGCGACAUUUAGAGCUGGGAUACUAUUGGUGGAGUGAUCUUUCGCAGUUGAGUAUCGAAGACUACAUUCGUUAUCUGGAGUAUAUUCCGGUGGUUGAGGGCGAGAAGUAUAUUGAUGAGAGGCAGUUGCGUGCAGUGAUGAGUGAAAUCAAUAAUCGGUAUCUACCGGACGAGCAUAGCUCAUCGUGGGAAAUCUUGGUCGGCAGGCAGCCCCUGUUGGUUAAGGAACGUGACAUGCUGAGAUAUCCAAUCAUCUUCCGGGUUCAUCACUCUCUCGGAGAUGGAGUUGCUCUACUCCGUCUGUUACUGGAAGGAAUCGUCGACAAAGAAAUGCCCUCUCGUUGGAAGCGUAUCUCUAGCUUCAAGAUAAUGAACAUCGAACAUAUUCUAAACGAAAAGUCACUCGGCUCAAUGCCACGCCAAAACAUGCUGACCAAGUUCUGGGAAAGAUGUCCCUCCCCUCGGGCAAUCUACGAAUGGAAACAGAAACACCUGCGGCUUCUAUGGACCAUCUUCACCGCUCCGGCAUUCUUCCACGAGGUGGCCAAGCGCCGCGUUGACGAUAACUGCAUCCACGCCAGUGACCUCUCGAAUCGUAAAGUAGUCAGCUGGAUUCACGAGGAAGAAACGAGUGACUCCCGGUGGAUACAGAUCAUCAAACGGACGAAGCAGCAAGUUCCCGGAGCUCGGUUUUCCGAUGCCUUUUUGACGGCUCUGUCCAGCAGCUUGCAGAAGUAUUUUGCGCUGAAGUCGGAUUUCGUACCUAGUAACAUAACCGUUGUGUUGCCGACUCGGGUCGAACGGGAAUCUCCCCAGUUGAAACUGCAUAACAAAUUCUCGGUGGCACUUCAAACUUUACCGAUUGCACCUGGGGUUGAUCUCCAGGAACCAAAUCGUUACCAGAAUCUCCUCAAUCGCCUAGGGGACGUCAAGCAGCAUUCCGAUGUUCUUCGCUCAUCACCCGACUAUUUGAUCAACUUCUGGAUCAUGUCGACGGUGGCGUGCCUCUUCCCGGAUCCGAUGCUUCGUAAAAUCCUCACAAGCGCACACAGCACUCUGGCGAUUUCGAACCUUCCGGGACCGCAACAGAAACCGUGCAUCCAUGGGUACGAGCUGAAAAAUCUAAGCUUUUGGAUACCGAACAUUGGUCAAACGGCCGUUGGGCUGACGUUGCUCACCUACGGAGGACGGAUGCAGUUGGGAAUUCUGGCCGAUCGCGCAGUGAUUGAUAAUGAAGACGAUGCGCAUUCGAUUCUUGAGGAGACAAUUGCGGAAAUUGAGCGAAUGGGUGCUGUGGUGGAUGAGACUUCGUGAGGAGGAGCGAGCAAUGGGAAUAUCCAAAUUAUAAGACUGUAGAGAACCUUCGGAGGAUACAAUAUAUGAUGUGUACACUUUUGGUUAA